AUUUUAAUUUCAGUUUGUACAGUCACGAAGCAGACGAGUGAAAACACGGAAGCCUAAAGAUGAGUCGUUUAGGGGAGUACAGAGCAGAGUUUCCAGGAUCAAGCUCUGUGUCUAUGAACAGUGACAAAUCCAGAGAUUAUCCUCCAGUCUUCAGUCAUGAACCUGCACCUUCAGGCACACAACAUCCCAAACAUAAGGAUACAGCAGAGUUUCCAGGAUCAAGCUCUGUGUCUAUGAACAGUGACAAAUCCAGAAAUUAUCCUCCAGUCUUCAAUCAUGAACCUGAACCUUCAGAGACCAAAGAGAAGAAGAGGGAUAUGUCACAGUCUGCGGAGACAGCGUGUGCGGAGGUUUGUGUUGUGGACCCUAGUCCAGGCACAGAUUUUGGUCUGCAAAAUGUUUUAGAUGUGUUAAAGGUCACUCUGAAGACAAGAUAUGAACAUGUGGUUGAAGGAACUGAUAAAAUUGGAAGAGGAGCCCUCCUCAGAAUGAUCUACACCGAGCUCUACAUCACAGAAGAGCAGAGUGAGGCAAUUCAAUACCAACAUGAGGUGAGGCAGGUGGAGAGCGCUUGUAAGAAGAUCCAGCGUGAAACACCAAUUAGCUGCCAGGACAUCUUUAAAACCUUACCUGACCAACAGAGACCCAUCAGAGUGGUUCUGACAUAUGGCGUUGCUGGCAUUGGAAAAACCUUCUUGGUGCAGAAGUUCACUCUGGACUGGGCAGAGGGCUUAGAAAACCAACACAUCAGUGCGGUGGUUCUGCUUUCAUUCAGGGAGCUGAACUUGGUCAGAGAUGAGCAGUACAGUCUCCUGGAGCUGAUCCAGGUUUUCUAUCCAACAUUACAGAGCGUCACAGCAGAGCAGCUCACUGUGUGUAAUCUUUUGUUCAUCUUUGAUGGCCUGGAUGAAAGCAGACUUUUGUUAGAUUUCACCAACAUGAAGCUUGUGUCUGAUGUCACACAGAAGUCAACCAUCAGUGAGCUGCUGACAAAUCUCAUCGAGGGAAAUCUGCUUCCCUCUGCUCUCAUCUGGAUAACUUCCCGACCUGCAGCAGUCCAUCAGAUCCCUCCCACAUGUGUUGACAGGAUGACAGAAGUACGAGGCUUCACUGACUCUCAGAAGGAGGAGUACUUCAGGAGGAGAUUCAUAAAUAAAGAGCUGUCAAGCAGAAUCAUCUCCCACUUAAAGACAUCCAGGAGCCUUUACAUUAUGUGUGGGAUCCCAGUUUACUGCUGGAUCACUGCUACAGUUCUGGAGCACAUGUUGACUACAGAGGAGAGAGCAGAGCUGCCCAAGACCCUGACUGAUAUGUACUCACACUUCCUGCUGGUUCAGACAAAGAAAAAGCAAAAGUACCACGAGGGACAAGAGAUGAUUUGGCAAGAGAUCACCAGUGCUGACAGGGAGGUUCUUUUGAAGCUGGGGAGGCUAGCAUUUGAACACUUGCAGAGAGGAAACAUCCUGUUCUACCAAGAAGACUUGGAGCAGUGUGGUCUGGAUGUCACAGAGGCCUUGGUGCACUCAGGAGUUUGUACAGAGAUCCUCAAAAGAGAGUCUGUGAUCUUCCACAAACCAGUUUACUGCUUUGUUCAUCUGAGUGUUCAGGAGUUCCUGGCUGCAGUCUACAUGUUCCACUGUUACACCAACAGGAAGACAGAGGUGCUGCAGAACUUCUUUAGCAAGGACAUCUCAUCUCUGGAAGAUUUUCUGAAUAGCGCCAUGGAGGAAUCGUUCCGAAGUAUGAGCGGCCACCUAGAACUGUUUGUUCGCUUCCUUCAUGGCCUCUCUCUGAAGUGCAAUCAGACACUCUUAGGAGGUCUGCUGGGUAAGACAGAGAGCAGUCCCGAGAUUAUCCAGAGAGUCAUCAACAACCUGAAGGAGAUUGGCAGUGGAAACUGUCCUGAUAGAUGCAUAAACAUUUUCCACUGUCUGUUGGAGAUGAAGGACUUCUCAGUACAUCAUGAGAUCCAAGAGUUCCUAAAGUCAGAAAACAAAUCAGAUAAGAAACUCUCUGAAAUUCAGUGUUCAGCUCUAGCAUAUAUGCUCCUGAUAUCAGAGGAGAUUUUGGAUGAGUUUGAUCUGAAGGAGUACAAGACAUCACAGGAGGGACGACGGAGACUGCUUCCAGCUAUGAACAACUGCAGAAAGGCUCGACUUUAUGAUGUCUGGGUCUUGGGGAGAGUCUUUGGAACUGUGGCGUCAGCUCUGAGGUCCAACCCCUCCCAUCUGAGAGAGCUGCACCUGAGUUCUAUCAACCUGCAGGAUCCAGCGGAAGAACUUUUUGAUAGUCUGGGCCAUCCAAACUGUAGACUGGAGAUACUGAGACAUCAGCAACACAAACUCAGAGGAGAGUUUCCAGGAUCCAGCUCGAUGUCCAUGAACGUUGACAUGUCCAGAGAAUUUCUUCCAGUCUUCAGUCGUGAACCUGGACCCUCAGUCACAAAACGUGAGCAACAUAAACAAAGACCAGAGUUUCCAGGAACCAGCUCGGUGUCCAUGAGCAGUGAUGCAUCCAGAGAAUUCCCUCCAGUCUUCAAUCAUCAACCUGGAUCCUCAGUCACACAACGUCAGCACCACAAUUACAGAGGAGAUUUUCCAGGAUCCAGCUCGAUGUCCAUGAGCAGUGACAUGUCCAGAGAAUUCCCUCCAGUCUUCAGUCAUGAAUCUCGACCCUCGGUCACACACCGUCAGCAACAUAAACAAAGACCAGAGUUUCCAGGAACCACCUCGAUGUCCAUGAGCAGUGAUGCAUCCAGAGAAUUCCCUCCAGUCUUCAAUCAUCAACCUGGAUCCUCAGUCACACAACGUCAGCACCACAAUUACAGAGGAGAUUUUCCAGGAUCCACCUCGAUGUCCAUGAGCAGUGACAUGUCCAGAGAAUUCCCUCCAGUCUUCAGUCAUGAAUCUCGACCCUCAGUCACACAACGUGAGCAACAUAAACAAAGACCAGAGUUUCCAGGAACCACCUCGAUGUCCACGAGCAGUGAUGCAUCCAGAGAAUUCCCUCCAGUCUUCAAUCAUCAACCUGGACCCUCAGUCACACAACGUCAGCACCUCAAUUACAGAAGAGAUUUUCCAGGAUCCACCUCGAUGUCCAUGAGCAGUGACAUGUCCAGAGAAUUCCCUGCAGUCUUCAGUCAUGAAUCCAGAUCCUCAGGCACACAACGUCAGCACCUCAAUCACAGAGGAGAUUUUCCAGGAUCCACCUCAAUGUCUAUGAGCAGUGACAUGUCCAGAGAAUUCCCUCCAGUCUUCAGUCAUGAAUCCAGAUCCUCAGGCACACAAGAGAAGAGGGAUAAAGUUUUUGUAGGGAAGCCAGUGUCCUGCUGUGUGUCGUGUCAGGAUGUCCUGAAGGAUUCAUCAAAAGACUUCUGUUCCCAGUGUGGAGAAAAAUACAGAAUCAGAUCCAGAGCCAAUCCUGGUCUGCAAAAUGUUCUAGAUGCGUUAAAGGUCACUCUGCAGAGAACAUAUGAACAUGUGUUUGAAGAAACUGAAAAAACAGGAAGCACAGCCCUCCUCAGAGUGAUCUACACUGAGCUCUAUAUCACAGAGGAGCAUAGUGAAGUGAUGAACUACCGCCAUGAGGUGAGGCAGGUGGAGAACGCUUCCAAGAAGAAGAUCCUCCAUGAAACACCAAUCAGCUGCCAGGACAUCUUUAAAACCUUGCCUGACAAACAGAGACCCAUCAGAGUGGUUGUGACAUAUGGUGUUGCUGGCAUUGGAAAAACCUUCUUGGUGCAGAAGUUCACUCUGGACUGGGCAGAGGGCCUAGAAAACCAACACAUCAGUGCGGUGGUUCUGCUUUCAUUCAGGGAGCUGAACUUGGUCAGAGAUGAGCAGUACAGUCUCCUGGAGCUGAUCCAUGUUUUCUAUCCAACAUUACAGAGCGUCACAGCAGAGCAGCUCACGAUGUGUAAUCUUUUGUUCAUCUUUGACGGCCUGGAUGAAAGCAGAUUUUUGAUGGAUUUCACCAACAGGAAGCUUGUGUCUGAUGUCACACAGAAGUCAACCAUCAGUGAGCUCCUGACAAAUCUCAUCGAGGGGAAUCUGCUUCCCUCUGCUCUCAUUUGGAUAACUUCCCGACCUGCAGCAGUCCAUCAGAUUCCUCCUAAAUGUGUUGACAGGGUAACAGAAGUACGAGGCUUUACUGAUGUUCAGAAGGAGGAGUACUUCAGGAGGAGAUUCAGAAAUAACGAACUGUCAAGCAGAAUCAUCUCCCACUUGAAGACAUCCAGGAGCCUCCACAUCAUGUGUGGAAUCCCAGUCUUCUGCUGGAUCACUGCUACAGUUCUGGAGCACAUGUUGACUACAGAGAACAGAGGAGAGCUGCCCAAGACCGUGACAGAUAUGUACUCACACUUCCUGCUGGUUCAGACAAAGAGAAAGCACAAGUACCACAAGGGGAAAGAGAUAAGUCAGCAAGAGCUCACCAAUGCUGACAGGGAAGUUCUUCUGAAGCUGGGGAGGCUGGCAUUUGAACAUCUGCAGAAAAAGAACAUCCUGUUCUACCAAGAAGACUUGGAGCAGUGUGGUCUGGAUGUCACAGAGGCCUCAGUGUACUCAGGUGUUUGUACAGAGAUCUUCAAAAGAGAGUCUGUGAUCUUCCAGAAACCAGUUUACUGCUUUGUUCAUCUGAGCAUUCAGGAGUUUCUGGCUGCAGUCUACAUGUUCCACUGUUACACCAACAGGAAGACUGAGGAGCUGCAGAACUUCCUUAGUGAGGACGAUAAAGGAAAUAAGAUAUCUCUCGAAGAUAUUUCAUCCCUUGAAGGUUUUCUGAGCAGAGCCAUGGAAGAAUCUUUGAAAAUUCCGAAUAGCCACCUGGAACUGUUUGUUCGCUUCCUUUUUGGCCUCUCUAUGAAAUCCAACCAGAGACUCUUAGGUGGUCUGCUGGGUCAGACAGAGAGCAGUCCAGAAAUCAUCCAGAGAGUCAUCAGAAACCUGAAGGAUAUUAAAACUGAAGACAAAUGUCCUGAAAGCUCCAUAAACAUUUUCCACUGUCUGCUUGAGAUGAAUGAUCUCUCAGUACAUGAAGAGAUCCAAGACUUCCUAAAGUCAGAAAAGAAAUCAGAAAAGAAACUCUCUGGAAUUCAGUGCUCAGCUCUGGCGUAUAUUCUGCUGAUGUCAGAGGAGGUUUUGGAUGAGUUGGAUCUGGAGAAGUACAACACAUCAAAGGAGGGACGAUGGAGACUAGUUCCAGCUGUGGUAAACUGCCGAAAGGCUCGACUUCAUGAUGUUUAUGUCUAUGGGGGUAGCAUUGGAUCUCUGGCCAUAGCUCUGACCUCCAACCCUUCCCAUCUGACCGAGCUGCACAUGAGCUCAGUCAGCCUGGAGAUAUACGCAGAAGAUCUUUUUACUCAUCUGGAACAUCCAAACUGUAGAUUAGAGAUACUCAGACUUGAGAACAGCACUUUGUCAGAGAAGAACUGUGCUGCUCUGCUCAGUGCUCUGAAGUCCAACCCCCCCUAUCUGAAACAUCUGGAUCUAAUAGCAUGCAACCUGGAGGGCUCAGGGAUGAAACAGCUGUAUGAUUACCUGGAGAGUCCACACUGUAAACUACAGUUUAAAAGAGAGACUGUGGUUUAGAUGCUGCAUUAUGGU